AUGGCGUCCGACCCCAACGCGCCCGUCGCCAUCAUCAUCCCCACCCGCCUGGGAUCGGUCCGGCUCCCCCGGAAAGUCCUGCUCGCGGAGACGGGCAAGCCCCUCAUCCAGCACGUCUUCGAGGCCGCGAGCCGCGCGACCGUGACCGACCGCGUCGUCGUGGCGUGCGACCACGACGAGAUCGCGACCGCCGUGAAAGCCUUCGGCGGUGAGGCGGUCAUCACGGGCGAGCACCCCAACGGCACCUCCCGGCUCGAGGAGGCCGCGAGGCUUCUGGGGAUGCCGGACGACGGGAUCGUCGUGAACGUUCAGGGCGACGAGCCGGAGAUGGAGGCGAGCCUCGUCGACGACGCGGUGAAGCUCAUCCGCGAGACCGACGCGGACGUGACCACGAUCGUUUCUCGAUUCGCCCCGGAAGACGACCCGACGAAGCCGAGCGUCGUGAAGGCCGUCCUCACCCGGGACGGCAAGGCGCUCUACUUCAGCCGCGCCCUUGUGCCCCACGACCGGGACGGCGAGGGCGACUGCCCGCCGCUCAAGCACAUCGGGCUCUACGUCUACCGCGUGGCCGCCCUCAAGCGGUACGUCGCCCUCCCCGAGUGCCCCCUGGAAAAGAGCGAGAAGCUCGAGCAGCUCCGCUUCCUCGACGGUGGCAUGACCAUCCGGGCGGUCGUCCGGGAGAGCCGCUCCGUGGGUAUCGACACCCGGGCGGAUUAUGAGGCGUUCGUCUCGCGGCACCGCUCGAACAAAGUCUGA